CGGACUCUCCUUCCCGUGGUGCAUCGGGCGCAGGCAAGGUAGGGGGGCCGGCAGGAGGCGCUUCCUGUCUGGCCGCGAAUGCCGCUGGCGGCGAACGACAACGGCCAGGCCGUACCGGCCGGCCUGCGGCAGCGAAAAACCCUCCGACUGGCAAGCGGCCCUGCGCCGACGCCCUCCGCAGCCCGGAGUCCCGGCUGGUUCUGGAGCCCGCUUGGCCUCGUCGUCUUCCUAAGCUUCGCUACCCGCUUCUAUCGCCUACGGGAGCCGCCACACAUCUGCUGGGAUGAAACACAUUUUGGAAAGAUGGGAAGCUAUUACAUUAACCGAACCUUUUUCUUUGAUGUCCAUCCACCUCUCGGGAAGAUGCUGAUAGGACUUGCCGGUUACCUGAGUGGUUAUGAUGGCACAUUCCCUUUCCAGAAGCCAGGGGACAAAUAUGAACAACAUAACUACAUAGGAAUGAGAGGGUUCUGUGCGUUCCUUGGUUCGUGCCUGGUCCCCUUCUCUUACCUCACGGUGCUGGAGUUGUCCAAAUCUCUGCCUGCAGCAAUGCUUACAGCUGCCAUUCUGAUUUUUGAUACAGGUUUCAUUACUCUCUCUCAAUACAUUCUGCUAGACCCCAUUCUGAUGUUCUUCCUCAUGGGAGCUGUGCUCAGCAUGGUCAAGCAUAAUUCCUGUGCAAACAGACCCUUUUCUGCUUCCUGGUGGUUCUGGCUCUGUUUGACUGGUAUAAACCUUGCUGGUGCAAUAGGUGUGAAAUUUGUUGGCCUUUUUGUAGUACUCCUGGUUGGACUGAGCACUGUUUGUGAUCUCUGGGAGCUGCUGGGAGACCUCAGUCUCUCACUGGUCACUCUGGGGAGGCACUUCCUGGCUCGUGUGCUCUGCCUCAUUAUGCUGCCACUUGCUCUCUAUACUGCUAUGUUUGCUGUUCAUUUUGCAGUGCUAAAUAGAAGUGGGCCUGGAGAUGGUUUUUUCAGCUCUGGAUUUCAGUCUCGGCUGAUUGGAAACAACCUUCAUAACAUGUCUGUUCCAGAGUACUUGGCAUAUGGCUCUGUGAUAACAAUGAAAAACCUUCGUAUGGCAGGCGGAUACCUUCACUCACACUGGCACCUGUAUCCUGAGGGUGUGGGAGCACGGCAGCAGCAGGUCACUGCAUAUUUGCAUAAGGACUUGAAUAACUUGUGGAUUAUAAAGAAACACAACUUGAAAGCAGAUCAUUCAGACGCUUCCCUCCCUGUGGAGUUUGUAAGGCAUGGAGACGUUAUCCGUUUGGAACACAAAGAGACUUCUAGAAACCUGCACAGUCACCCUCAUGAAGCCCCCUUGACAAGAAAGCAUCUUCAGGUCACUGGGUAUGGCAUAAAUGGAACUGGAGACUGCAAUGAUUUCUGGCGAAUUGAGGUUGUGGGAAGAAAGACUGGGAAGCGUAUCAAAGUGCUACGUAGUCGGAUCAGGCUAAUUCACGUGGCUACAGGUUGCCUAUUGGGUUCAACUGGGAAGACGUUGCCAAAAUGGGGCUGGGAGCAGGUAGAAGUCACCUGCACUCCAUAUCAGAAGGAGUCUCCUAAUUCUCUCUGGAAUGUUGAAGAUCACAUUAAUCCCAGGUUGCCCAAUAUCAGUUUGGAUGUUCUGAAACCUUCCUUUCCAGAGAUUCUGCUCGAGUCUCACAUGGUUAUGAUCCGAGGGAACAGUGGCCUCAAACCAAAGGAGAAUGAAGUCACAUCCAAACCCUGGCACUGGCCUAUCAAUUACCAAGGCCUUCGUUUUUCUGGAGUCAAUGAAACAGACUACAGGGUUUAUUUGCUGGGAAAUCCGGUGAUCUGGUGGCUGAACCUAAUUACUCUUGGAUUGUAUAUCACAAUGGCAAUAUUUGUUUCUGUGGCCAUGAAGAGGGGAGUUCGGCUAAAAGCUGAGCACAAAGAGCUUUCUCGAGUCCUGCUACAUAGCGGAGGAAGGAUUAUGCUAGGAUGGGUCCUCCAUUACUUUCCCUUCUUCAUGAUGGGCAGAGUGCUCUAUUUUCAUCAUUACUUUCCUGCCAUGCUUUUCUCCUGUAUGUUGACAGGGAUUACAUGGGAUGUAUUUCUGAAAUUUUGUGCUGGUGCUCUGUCAGCCAGCAUCCAAUCUAGGAAGGUUUACAAUUAUGGGAUAAUGGUGCUGAUUCUGCUUAGUAUCUACAGCUUCUACCUCUUCCACCCUCUCUCCUAUGGAAUGAUAGGACCUCUGGCUUCUGAUCUCAACAGCCCAAUGGCAGGGCUUAGGUGGCUGGAAACAUGGGAGUUCUAGAUACAGCCUGGGGGGAAAGGGAAUAAACAAGAAGACAAGUGGUGAAACCCACUGCACAAGAGCUGUGAAGGAUUGUUUCCCCAACAGCAUUUCGGCGCUGAAGCAGUGGACUGUCAACCUUGAGGUCUGAGAAGAGGAGGCGGCAACUAUGAAGGAGAACCUCUCUGUGGGUCCUAGAGCCCCAUUUACUUGAACCUGCUGCUACUUAAAAGUUUGAACCAUCCAAGCAAUAUGUUAACUGUCCCACAGCCAUUGGUUCCACAGUGGUGUCAUUUUGUGUGAGUUGGAGGAUGUGUGUGUUUUGCAAGGGUAUCUCUCAUGUCUGCCUGUCUCUGCUCAUAAGGGAUUUAACAGAGCUCAGGAAAGAUCAAGUGCGUGUAACAGAGGAAACAGUCUUCUGAGACCACGAUAGUUAAUAUCCAAUAACUUCUUUUUUCAUGAACUUAAAAGUAUUUGUGUACACAUGGUACGUGCUCCUGGGAGAGUCUUGUGACUGCUUUUCUAAGUUCAGGAACUUGGACAUAAAGCAUAAAGCUUUCUGCGAUCCAGUGCUCUGUCUGCCCGUCACACAAAAGGCAAUGAGUUGUUUUUGCAUAAAGCCUUUGCUGUCUGAGCACAGACACCCAUUCAGAAUAGCCUUUAACAGUUACCUGGAAGAUCUCAUGCAGAAAUGAAGCUGCAGCAUUCGAUUCAUUGGAUUAUCCUUUUGUUUAAGAAGCUCCAAAGCAAAGAAAGAUGUUUUUAUUAUUAUUAUUUAGGUUUCCUGCCCUAAAUUCCUCUGACAGUGAGGAAUGGUGCCUUUGAGUGAGUGUGUGUGUGCAUGUGCAUGCAUGCGUGCUAGAAGUUGAAUACAUAAUGUUAAAGCUUGUCCUGAGAGCUGUGAUGUCACUCAUUCUACUAAUUCAGUUGCCUACUAACACUUCUUCCUGUGGGGAAGCUUGUAUCUCUUUAAUGAACGUAGAGUGUGCAGAACAUGCUUCUAACUGCUAUGGUACAGGAAUGUUGAUUUUUUUUAUAUAAAUGCAUGUGGUGUUUUUUUUUUAGGAGGAAUUAACCUCUGUGUCAUAUGCUAUCAAAAAAGGGAGGGAUGUAGCUUGAUAAGCAGAAUAGAGCUCUUCAGUUGCUUAGUGGGAAUCCACUUCUGCAGCGAUGUGAGAAAAGUUUGACAAAAAGGUUGAGCAAGGCGUUCCCCUGCAAAACGUUCUUUUAAUUCCAUCUCUUGUUCUCUGGAGCAAAUUCGGCCUUGGCUUCUGUUAAAUUGGUCCCCUGAAGCCUUCUUUUGUACAUGACACAGAAAUUGAGGCCACCCAGUAAUUCAUUUUAGUGUCUGUGUUAAAGCUUGAAGCCUGCCACUUCCUAUCCCUCUGUGCCAUCAUCAAAGGGCUAUCUCUGUUGGCAUGGAGACGAUAUGCCAACAUUCCCAGGAGAGGCUGGAUGAGGCAUGUUGGCUGCUGUCAGGCUGCCAGGUCCAUUAAGAAGGGAAACACAAGACUGAUUUAGCUGGUCUGGCUUAACUAGUUUAAGACUGUCGUGACCAGCCUUUUCGUUAGCAGAGAUGAUGAUGGGUUCCAGCCUUUGAUUUUAACUCACUUGUUGACAACUGGUGGAAAUUGCUGAAAUGAGUUACUGGCUUUGAUAUUAUUACCGUUUCCUGUGGCAGGAAAUACUCUCGUGUGGCUGACCUGACUCCUCAGAUAUUAUAUAUAGAAAAGAAGGGAGGUCACGAAAACUUCCCAUUAUUCUGCAUCUUUGUUGCUGGGAGAAACAGUAGAUUGUAAGUACAAUAGAAUAUAAGGAGUAACAAUACAGUUGAUAAUCAUAGAAAAGCAAUAAGAUAGCCAGCUGUUACUAAGAGGACUUGGCCGUCUUGUAUUUCACGAAGCACUUGAGUGUUACUCUUGACUAGAUUUCCCUGAGGUUAGGUCCCAUCAUGUAGUCACUGAACUAUUCAAUGUUGCCUUUAUUAGUGGAUUCCAUGUUAUAGUACUUUUCUACAGCAGUUAAAUAUUAGCAACCGCUGUUGCUUUUCGGAGGAGGGAAACCCAUUUCUUUCCCCACCCCCUGAGAUCAUGAGAUAUUGAUCAAGAUAAUAUUUCUACUACUUAAUUCAAUUAUUCAGCAAGGCUAUCUAUACAUUUCAUCCUUGGAUUCUGCAGUACUCCAGUGGGUGACUGUUUAUUGUCGCCCUCCCUUGCAUUCUGAGAAAUCUCACAUCCCAACAUACACCUGUAUACCUACACUACGAGUGCUGUCCCUAGCUGAAAGAUGCUGCUGUCUUGAGCAGCUAAUUCUUUUGAAGUUUUUCUGACAGGACUGCUUUCCACAGUAGAAGGGGAUCAUGGAUACUAAACAUAUAGAAUCAGAACCUUUAAAAAGGUCAACAAGUGUCGGGCUUGCCAUUCCUAUUAGCUGUCACUCUAUGGUACUGGUCUUCCAAUACUAUCUAGCUCUAUGUCACUCUAUGACAUAGAGCUUUCUAGCGUUGGAAGAGUAGCACCAAUAUACCGUAAGUAAGCAAAUAAGUAGGUUCUGUGGGCAAGAUCUGUGGUCUGGAGUUGUUUUCAGUGAAUGUGCCUUAGCUGGGCAGCAGUUAUAACUUCACUGUGGACAAGUGGCCUUCCAUUUGAUCAAUGGUGUUGAUAGGUGUUGGUGUCUCUAACCCAUUAGUGUCUUUUCACAAAUCAGUUCAUGGCUUGUAAAAGGGCUUUCGUAGCUUAGCAACUCACCUAUUCCAUCACAGUUCUAAUGAACGACCCCCAUUUUUUCUUCUUUAAAAACUCCAAAGUAUUUGACUCAAAACAGGGUAUUGAUCAGAUUAUGUGUUUUCUUGAGUGCAAAAUAUCCCUGUAGAAGGCAGACCUCAGUGGCUCUGCAGAUAUCAUUCAUUAUGUUUGAAGGGUAAUAACAUUUAUAGGAUCAAGUGUGCAUUUAUAGGAUCAUUGACUUCUCUACCAAUGGCUGCAUCUACAUGGCCUAGACUCCAGAUCCAGUAAUCAGAACUGCCUCCCCUUCCCCCUCCUCCAGUGGUCUUACUGGCACCCAGAAAAUUCUGUUGUGAUGGAAUAUGUGCCUAAAUAAAACUUGUGUCUUGGACAGUUUUUUUUCUUCCAUAUUAGUGUAGGACUAACAAGUAUUAUUCUACAGUAUUCCUUCUAGGAAGGAAGGAAUAAAAAUCAGCAAUAAAAAAUUUCUGAUGUUCUUCUUGUGGAAUGACACUAUGAUAGCUCAUUCCUCGGCAAGUACUGUGUUCUAUAUUGGUUUCUCGUUCUGUGUAUUAUGGUCAAGAACCCCAUGUCCAGAGUGCGGGAUAUAACGUUUGUCAGAAACUGUGCAAAUUUUAUUUACAUAGAGUCCUAAGUGGUAGGUAAGUAGAACUGAACUACUCAUUCAGAAACAUUGGCCAGCCCAUCUUGAAUUGUACCACUUCAAACUGAAAAUGGAGGGUCAAUCACAUGUUUAAAUGUUUCUUUACUUAAAAACAAGCAACCUUUCACAUAUACAGCUAGCAUAUCAGGUAGGCCUGGCUAGAACCCUUCUAUAUGACAUGGGAGCUUUUUGCAGGCAGGAAGUUCCUGGAGUGGAAGAGCAUUUGUGCCACCCAUCACCUCUGCCCUGAAGUGAGGACCACGCCACAUAGUGCUCCUGAAUCUGUAGUUCAUCUCUUAAUGCGAUUGCUUUGAAGGAGUGAUUUGGUCUCUGCCCUAGGCAUCUGUGUGUCUGUAGUGUCUGAUGUAGUUAUCUGCUGCUCCUGGGCAGCUUCCUGCAUUACGAAUUUGUCUUACUAAUGCUGCUGAUGUUGAAGUGUGUGUUUGUGUGUUGUAUGUGUCUUUUGUACAUUAUCACCAUCUACGCAUUUCAAACUGAACCUACUUCAGUGCACUGCCAUGUAAUGGUACUAAAUGGAAGGAUAACUUGCCUUUGGACUGGCACUGGCUUUUGUAAAGGGAUUGACUGUAAAUGGGAUAGAAUUUCCAUCAUACUUUUGUAAUAAAUAGCCUUUCUUUCCAGUG